AUUGUAGCACAUGGUUUACACUUUCCGUAACUUCGACAGAACUUCAUUGCAAGUUCCUAAACUCUUCCAAAGUAAUUAUAUGAUUACUGGUAAUAAAAUCAAACCAUCAACGGGCUAGUUAGGUCCGCUAGUGGGACGAUAUCUCACCUGUAAAGAAUGGAAGUGGAAACAGCCGGCAAAGUCCUGUUGGAAUUCUAACUUCCGUGAAUUUGACCUUUGACACGGCUAUCCCACUAUGCUUCAGAAAAACAUGGCGGAGGCAGUCACGGAUGAUGUAACAGGUGAGAAGUUUAUCCCUGCCAGCCAGCGCCCUGAUGGCACCUGGAGGAAGGCACGGAGAGUUAAGCAGGGUUACGUGCCACAGGAGGAAGUGCCAGUUUAUGAGAGUAAGGGAACUCAGUGGAUGAAGAGCAAGCCAACACUUCCACCAGGCUUUUACCCAGACCCUGAAGAACAAGUCAAGCAGAUGUCUGAGGAAGACAAAUAUGCCGGCAUGUCAAAAGCUGCAAAGAAAAACGCCAAAAGAAAAGAGAAGAAAAAACAACAGCAGGGAGACGGAGGGGCUGGUCCAAUCACCCAGGGAUUAGAACAGGUCAAUAUAUCCAACCAAUCACAGGAAGCCAAGAUAAACAAUGGCCAAUCACAAGACAGCACAUCAGAGCCAGCCAAGAAGUUGAAAGGCUUGAAAAAGAAGUUACGACAGAUUGAAGAUCUAGAGGCAAAGAUAGAAUCAGGAGAAUUAGCUAAGCCAGACAAAACACAGCUAGAUAAGAUAAAGAGAAAAACAGAAAUUCUGAAGGAGAUACGAGAACUAGAAAAACAAGUAGGCUCAUAACUACAGAGUUGUUACCAGCAGGCUUAAAGCUGGGAUUUCAGACAAUAUUAUCCUACUUAGGUCAACAUACGUGUUAUCCAUCUAGUGAAAAAAAUAGAUAGCCCUGAAAUCUUUUUGAUUUCUCCUAAUAAGUGUGAUUUUGUACCUAAGGUUGUUGUUAAGCACUUUCAAGUAUAAGAAGUAUACAUACAUAAUAUCAAUUUUAUCAAGCUUUAUUGCCCCCCAAAAUACAGUGACUUUGGUCAAGUAUAAACUACAUACACUCCAAAAAAUGUCUUUUCCUGUAUGAUUGAUGUGAGUUAUUACAAUGAUGGUGAUUUUAACCUUUACUUACUGGUAUAGGACUACUGCAUGCCAUCAAUGAUGAAUAUUUGUUUAGAGAAAGAUAUUGUAGAUUUUGAUACUUGGCCCAGCCAGUUCUUUGAUUACAUAGUCCCUGGUUUUCCAUCAUACAUACUAGUGGAUGAUGACUUAUACAUUCUACAUACUAGCAGUUUCCUAAACUGGUAUCAGCAUUGUGACCAGUGUGAUGAACUGGACCAUACAUUGAACACUACAGUUUGUUUGCUGUCACUAAAUAGUUAGAAUGUAGCAUAAGUAAGCUCUAAGGUGCCAUAAAAUGAUGUAGCUAGACAUGAUUAAGUAAUGUAUGUGGAUCAACCAACAUUGAUGUUAAAGCAUGGUGAGUGAAGAAAAUUCAUUGAGAUACGUCGAUGAAGAUUAGACAUCCAGGUAAUAAGAUAUGCC